AUGGGGUUUCGCCGUUCCCGGAAAUGCCAAAUUUAUCUACUCUUCAACCUAAACUUUAUCUUGAUGCUUAUAGGAUUGGCAAUUGUUGGGAUAUCUGUUAUUUCUUACAUGGAACCUGAAGUCCAAACAGUAUUUGAUGUUGCUGGGGUUGCUUACGUUACCCACAUAUUAACAAUCGUGCUAAUCUCUGUUGGAUCUGCAACCAUUGCUGUCGCUAUUUUUGGAUUCUGUGGGAUCUAUCGCGAAUCCGCCUGCUUGAUCAGUACCUAUUGCACAUGCCUGGCAUUGGUUAUAUGCGUGGAAGCUGCUGUAGGAGUUUUAAGCAUACUAUAUCAUCAGGAGGCUGAGGAGAAGGUGGUACGAGCUCUCAAGACUGUCAUCGAUGACUGGUUCACCAAAUCGUCCGAUCCCGGUUCCGAGGCCCGGAAAAUCGUCAACCGAGAGGUCUUCCAGUCUUUUCUUGAGUGCUGCGGUGGGAGAGGACGCGCGGAUUAUGGAGACGUCUCGCUACCCCUCUCCUGUUGCCCGUCGCCAACUGACGUCUGCGACGCCACUGCCUACUCCGUGGGAUGCUACGAGAGGGCCACAACAGUAGUUAAUAGCGGUCUUCAAGGCUUCACGGGAGUCGUACUGGCUAUCGCUUCGUGUGAGAUGAUUAGUCUUCUUCUUUCACUGCUAUUCUACUUCACCGUUGUUCGACGCAACUCUGGAUCUGAAUACGUUGCGGUUCCCCAAAGAUAG